CUUAAUCUUUCGAUCUGGGAUAGCCUGAAGAUCUUCAUGGAGGAACAGUUGAUGGACCCUUGGCAGCCGUUCAAGCCACCAAGCGCGGGCCUUGUCUUCUUCCUCAACAUACUCAGCAAACCUCAGGUUAAUAAUCUGCACAUGGGGAAUGGGGAUAGUUCCCAUAUUCCUUGUUUUUCUGCUCAAUUUGCAGUAGAAGCGCACCAAUGUGGGGAUAAUGAUUUUGCCCAACGUAUGGUUAUAUGGUCAGAUGUCUGGUGUUGCAGCUGUCAUCAGCUUCUCCUCCAUCUGAAUUCUGAUGUUGCCAUCAGGCUACUGAUGAUCUGCAGUAAUUGGUAUGAUAAGUUAAACCUUUAUUUCGUUCUGCCUUUGAAGAUUCUAGUUACUUGCUUCAGGCCUAUGGUUAUUCCUGCUCAAGGUGUGCAAUGUCAGAAUUGGAAUGCUUUUCCUAGUGUGAGUUUGUGGAGCCAAGUAAAUAUAAAGACCAUUGUUUUGAGACAUCAAUUAUGCUCACGCACAAUGAAUGAGAUUCAUGAGCAGGAAAGAUUUUGGAACUAUAUGUAUGUGUAUGUUUGCAGUACAAUCAACAUUGGCGGCUCCUCUCCAUCUUUCAAGCAGGAUUGUCUCUUCAUGAGAUUAAAGGGCACAUGGAUUUCCUUGCCGGUUGAUCUUGUUGAAGAUGCUAGAGAGGUUCUGAUGUCUGAAUCAAAUUCAUAUAUGCAUAAUCUAUAUAUGACCCUGAUGCAAAUCGUUGGCAAUGCUAUAUAUACAAUUGAGCAUGAUCUCACUUCAAAGUUUAGCUGCACAAGGCUAUAUUGGUAUGAUAAUAAGCAUGGUGUGGACACCGUCCCUGUUGUUCGGGUUGAUCCACCGGUAGUAGCCGACAAUGCUACCGUCGAGGUUCCUCAGGUUCAACAGCAGGGACCCUUGAGAUUGAGCUCGGUGAUGGACAUUCAGUAUCUACAGCUUAAUUCUCCCCUUCCUCAGAUGCAGACGCCAGACAGACUGUCGGGAGAACCACCCGCAGGACAUCAACUGGUAUGCAUAGAGGCUGCUGAAGACUACAGUUGCGGCACUUUCGGAUCCGGCUUGUCGACGGAUGGGCGAUCGCCGUUUGGUUCCUUUUGUAGUCUUCGGUGUCGAAACCAUGUGUUAUUGUUAUCAUUUGGUGGGUUGUGCCACUUUGCACACUUGUAUCAUGCUCUGAUCUAUGGAGCCAUGAUGUACUUUGUUCCUUAAAGUUAAUAUAUCUUCAUGUUCAAAAAAAAAAAAAAUAGACAGUCCCUUU